AUGCCCUCAUGCCCUCAUGCCCUCAUGCCCUCAUGCCCUCAUGCCCUCAUGCCUUCAUGCCCUCAUGCCCUCAUGCCCUCAUGCCCUCAUGCCGUCAUGCCCUCAUGCACUCAUGCCCUCAUGCCCUCACGCCCUCAUGCCCUCAUGCCCUCAUGCCCUCAUGCCCUCAUGCUCUCAUGCCCUCAUGCCCUCAUGCCCUCAUGCCCUAGUGCCCUCAUGCCCUCAUGCCCUCAUGCCCUCAUGCCCUCAUGCCCUCAUGCCCUCAUGCCCUCAUGCCCUCACGCCCUCACGCCCUCAUGCCCUCAUGCCCUCAUGCACUCAUGCCCUUUUGCCCUCAUGCCCUCAUGCCCUCAUGCCCUCAUGCCCUCAUGCCUUCAUGCCCUCAUGCCCUCAUGCCCUCAUGCCCUCAUGCCCUCACGCCCUCAUGCCCUCAUGCCCUCAUGCACUCAUGCCCUCAUGCCCUCACGCCCUCAUGCCCUCAUGCCCUCAUGCCCUCAUGCCCUCAUGCCCUCAUGCUCUCAUGCCCUCAUGCCCUCAUGCCCUCAUGCCCUAGUGCCCUCAUGUCCUCAUGCCCUCAUGCCCUCAUGCCCUCAUGCCCUCAUGCCCUCAUGCCCUCACGCCCUCACGCCCUCAUGCCCUCAUGCCCUCAUGCACUCAUGCCCUCAUGCCCUCACGCCCUCAUGCCCUCAGGCCCUCGUGCCCUCAUGCCGUCAUGACCUCAUGCCCUCACGCCCUCAUGCCCUCAUGCCCUCAUGCCCUCAUGCCCUCAUGCCCUCAUGCCCUCAUGCCGUCAUGCCCUCAUGCCCUCAGACCCUCAUGCCCUUUUGCCCUCAUGCCCUCAUGCCCUCAUGCCCUCAUGCUCUCAUGCCCUCAUGCCCUCAUGCCCUCAUGCCCUCAUGCCCUCAUGCCCUCAUGCCCUCAUGCCCUCAUGCCCUCACGCCCUCAUGCCCUCAUGCCCUUAUGCCCUCAUGCCCUCAUGCCCUCAUGCUCUCAUGCCCUCAUGCACUCAUGCCCUCAUGCCCUAGUGCCCUCAUGCCCUCAUGCACUCAUGCCCUCAUGCCCUCAUGCCUUCAUGCCCUCAUGCACUCAUGCCCUCAUGCCCUCAUGCCCUCAUGCCCUCAUGCCCUCAUGCACUCAUGCCCUCAUGCCCUCACGCCCUCAUGCCCUCAUGCCCUCAUGCCCUCACGCCCUCAUGCCCUCAUGCCCUCAUGCCCUCAUGCCCUCAUGCCCUCAUGCCCUAGUGCCCUCAUGCCCUCAUGCCCUCAUGCCCUCAUGCCCUCAUGCCCUCAUGCCCUCAUGCACUCAUGCCCUCAUGCCCUCACGCCCUCAUGCCCUCAUGCCCUCAUGCCCUCACGCCCUCAUGCCCUCAUGCCCUCAUGCCCUCAUGCCCUCAUGCCCUCAUGCCCUAGUGCCCUCAUGCCCUCAUGCCCUCAUGCCCUCAUGCCCUCAUGCCCUCAUGCCCUCAUGCCCUCAUGCCCUCAUGCCCUCAUGCACUCAUGCCCUCAUGCCCUCACGCCCUCAUGCCCUCAUGCCCUCAUGCCCUCAUGCCCUCAUGCUCUCAUGCCCUCAUGCCCUCAUGCCCUCAUGCCCUAG